AUGGAUAGAAGGCACCCAUUGUGGAUGCAGCCUAUCAUCGCCUAUCUGAAAGAUCAAUCAUUGCCUGCCUCUAAAAGCGAGGCGGGGAAGUUAAAAAGAAGGACUGCACAUUUCGUCUUGCAAGAAGAUACCCUUUACAAGAGAGGCUUAGCCUCGCCACUUCUCCGAUGCGUGGGAGGUGAAGAGGCCACAUAUAUACUCUGGGAAACCCAUGAGGGAAUCUGCGGAAAUCACUUCGGAGGAAUAGCUCUGGUACACAAGGUUCUCCGUCAAGUGUCCGAUAAUGAAAGACAGUUCGACAACAAGAAGAUGCGAGAAUUGUGCGAUGAGCUAGGCAUUAAGAAGGACUUCUCAACGCCUCAUCACCCUCAGGCAAAGGGACAAGUUGAGGCAGUGAACAAGAUCAUCAAGCACACCCUUAAAAGGAAGCUUGACACCUCAAAAGGGGCUUAG